AAUAUGACGUCAGGACCCAGCUGGAGCCGAGGGUUGUCGGAAAUGGCCGAACAUGACGUCACGAGCAUGGAAAACAGGGAAUGGAAGAGGCGCAGAAACAGUCAUGGCGACCCUGAAUAGUAGCAUAGAGCGCUGUAGGGGCCAGCCCUGGGCCGUGUGGGCCGAUACGGCUCCCAGCACGGAUGGAGAAGGCUCCGAUCUGGAGGAAAAGUCGGUGCCAGGCAGAGAAGUUGUCCGCUUCAAGAAAGAAGACAUGCGGUACUACGGUGUGAGACCCAUGGAGGAUGAGGUGGUUCUGGUGGUGUGCGAGCGGUGCGGCCAGGUGGUGAAACCACAGGCACUGCAGUACCACAUAGAGCACCGACAUGGCGGUAAAGACUCGGACGCCUCGUCCCUGCGCACCGCGACCAUGAUCCCGACCGGGCGACCUCCAGGUCUGACCUCACCUCACCAUGGCAACCCCCGCCCGACUCUACCCGCCAACCGGACAGCCAAGUCCUCCGGCAUGAAGCUGAACCACCUGGUGCCGGUGGUGGCGCUGGACCGGACGGCAGACAUCACCGCGCUCAAGAAGUCCGCCUCCUCAGCCGCCUCCAAGAAAUCCAGCAAUAGCAAAAAGUCCACUUCCUCCUCCUACUCUUCCAAAAGUAGCUUCGACAAGGAGAGAAAAAUACCUCUGAAAGACCGAGAAUACGACCCCAACAAGCACUGCGGUGUCUGGUUACCUGACAUGAAGAAGCCGUGCACGAGAUCGUUAACAUGCAAAACCCAUGCCUUGUCCCUGAGAAGAGCGGUUCCGCAGAGGAGAAAACCGUUUGACGAGCUUCUGGCGGAACACAAAGCGCGGGCGCGCGAGCGUGAGCGCGAGAAGGAGAUGGAGAACAAACUGAAGGAGCACCAGCGACUCGCCUCGCUCUCAGCCCACUCCGCAGCCUUCGCCCCCGAGAUUGUGCCUCAGAAAAUCACCUCCCCCACCAAACCCGCCCCGCGGUCAUCCCCGGGGGUCAACUCCGUAUUCCAAAGGCCAUCAUUCCAGCCCUCAGGACAGCCUGCCGACUCCAGGCACGCCUCCCCGGAGCCCAAGGCUCGCCCUGGCAGCGAUGGGGAGGGGGAAGAGGAGGCAGAUAGCAACGAGAACCUGGACUGUCCCCACAUACUCAACCACCCCAGACCCGCCACGAUGUGUGCGUUCGGUGCGCGGAGGUUCGGGAAGGGGUGCUACAUGUUCAGCAGGAGAACAGACCUGCUGAGAUCGGCGUUCACAGCGUUGUUAGAGCGGCAGCUACACUCACCUCCUCUCAAGAGACCAGCGUCGGAGCCGGUCGAGUCCCUUCACCAGUCCACCACGGAGCACCAGGAGCCUCCGUUCGACCCCUACGACCCCUCGCGGAUCGGCCCAACGUUAGACCUGGGGGGGUACAAGCCGCCCCUGCUGGCACAGCCCUGGGACCUCCCGCUGGCCAAGCCCGUCCCCCCCGCCUCCAACAAGUCCAAGUCCAGGAAGACGAAGGAGUCGGGCUCCAGCAAGAGCAAGAAGAAGAAAUCUGGUGGCAGCAGCGGCGGUGGCGGGACCUCCGCGCCGCCGGACGUCAGCCUUAGCAUGAACAAUUCUGGCGUCUACCUCACGAGUGCAAACGGGGCGGUGUCGCUCUCCACGCCCACCGGCUACACCAUCAGCAGCAAUAUCCCGCAUAUCACCGCGCAGGCCGCCACCAAGGAGCACCUGGCGCGGCUGGGCAUGGCGAAGGGCACGCCCGCCAUCUCCACCACCCUGGGAGACUCCAUCAAGGGUCUCAGCAUCGUGGUCACCAACAUCGACCCUCUGGUUAACGGGCAGGUCAUUAACGUGGGCAGCGGCGUGGUCCAAAGGACUCCUAGUCGAGAGAGCGCGAGCGGUAAUGCCGCCGGCGCCAUAUGCAGCACAGGUAGCGUCAGUAGUAGUAGUCACGCAGCAAGCUCUAGUGCCAAAUCUCGCAAGAGAAGCAGCUCGUCAAGUUCCAGCGCCAAGUCGAAAAGCAAGCCAUCCAACGGGACACACUCCUCACACAAGUCCGCCAAAAGCUCGUCGGGACAGUCUCAGGGCGGGACGGGGGGCGCGUCGGGCGGCGUCGGGAACAAUUCUUUCUCUCCUCUGCAGCCCAGUCCUUCCACUACACCCAGUCCUCUCUUCAGACCGGGUUCCAUCAGCCCUCAGAUCGCGGACAGCUCUCCGCUGCCCAACGGUAUCGGUCCGUCCCCCCCGGGGGUGGGGAUGAAGGGCUUCCCUCCCACCAUCAACCACUACCAGAACGUCAACGUCAUCAGUCCGGGCCAGCACAGCUCGUCACCGAGUCCCGGGUCUACAGACGUCUCACCAAGCAAUAGUGGACACAUGUCGAAUAUUGCCAAGUACAGCCAAAGUGGAAGCACGUCGUCGCCCUCCUUGCGCGCCAACGCCCAGUUCCAGAAACACAUCGCCAUCGCAGCUCACAAACAGCACCUGGACCAGCACAGACGGUCCCCCAGCCUCGCAAGUAAGUCCUCCCAUAGCAACCAACAUGCCAUCUACAACCACCAAGUGUACUCGGGGGGUCAGCAGAGGCCAGGAGGGGGGGCCAAGCAGCCCCCACCACCCUUCCCUAUGCAGCAGGGACUUCUGAGAGUGCCAAUCUCGCAGCAGAGCACACAGGGAGGGAUGACAGUAACGGGAAUGGCCCAGGGGCUGUUCCUUCAGCAGCCGCAGAGACAGAAGCUGUUCUCCCAGGGGGAGGACGGCCAGCAGACACAACAGCCAGCCAACGCCAUGUGAUCCCCCUCACCCACUAGGCCCUGUAGGCUCCCACUCUACUACUCGUGUCCUACCAGUGUCUUCCACUGCCAGUAAAUACGCAGACACGUGACAGAGGCGUCUCGCGCCGGAGAUGUUCAAUACUGUGACAGUCGAAGAACGUCUCAGAAUCGUGAAGACAUCUGCGGCGUGUCUCCUUGAAGUCGACCUCCUCCCCACAGUCCGAUACUUCUCCUCAGCCGGCCAGAGCCGAGUGUUUGGCGCAGCGACAGGGUGACCAGGAUGUGACGUCCAGUCCUGACCAUAGAAUAUGAGCUCCUCCUACAACUUAAACUGCUGCUUUGGUCAAAUAUUUCAUGGGCAUCUCUCUUCCAUAGAUUACUUAGGGAUGGGGAAAAGUGAAGAAAUAUGACGACUCAAAAAGAUGAUGUGACCAGUUGAGAAAAACAGUGACCACUUCUCUAUUUUUGAACAACUUUGUUUUGUUUUUUGUUGCAACAAUGUUGGUCACUUUGCCAAAACUCUCAUACCUUCCUCGGCUGCUUUGGUCUGUUUGUACUGAAAGCUGGUCUGCCUACAUUUGGAAAAUGAGGAAAUCUAAUAACCUUCUAUAUAGUCAAAUAUACCAGUAAAUGCUUUAUGACGAAUAAACACCACCAAUUGAAGGGAAAUCAUGUUUUUUCUCAAACGACACGUAAAUUUGAAACCACACAAGUGGGGUGUUUGGCUUUGUGCAAUAGAAAAAGGAAUUCCCAACUUGAUAUUUUAUGAAAUGAAAAGGCAACAGUGUAAAAGUUGACGGUUUGUCAUGCUGGAAUUCUGCAUCCAAGUCACCCUGGCCUGGUCAUACUACCGCCCUAAACGGGCUAAACUACCACCCUGAACCAGCCAUACCACCGCUGUCGCCACACCGUAGGGCCAAACCAUUUGGCGUGCUCUAGCGGGGGUGCAAACUUGGUAAACGGGGGAGUCCACUUUCUACAGUUGCCUUAUAUCAACACUGUCCCAGUACAGUCAGACCAUUCCACAUCCCAGGAACACAACAGGACACACGAUAUUCCGGUGGUUUGUUUCCGUCAAACCAGGACAACCCUCUCAAAAGUAAACGCCUUUUCCUGCAACCCAAUGAGUUUUUCUCGCCUGCCGACAUUUUGGCAACUUGUCAGCUGCCCUCAUCAGAAGACAGCGAACUCUGUUGCCAAAGUUUUGGCUGGUGAGAAAAGAUAAUCGGUUGUGUGGUAAGACGGUACCUUUCCGAUGACGGAUCUUUCCAAUGACGUACCAGCGUAAAGAUUCUACCCACGGACGGAGAACCACGCUCUCGGCUGUGCCACCUGCUCAACUCCCUCCCUGUCGCUCCUACAAAGUGCUUUGGCCAAGGGGAGAUUUUUCGCCCCAUGGGAAUUCUGUACAAAGACUGGCGGCUGCCCGACUAGGGUCAUCUGGGGACACCGUAACUUAUUCUACAUCCUCGGGACGACGUCGCGUAUCGCGGCCGCCCGGAAUGUCGUCACAAGCAAAGACGUAUAUUACUAUAGAUCCCAGGUGGCGGCAGAGGAGACUAGAACAAACUUUAGUGUAAAAUGUCUAUAUUUUUAAAAUUAUCAAUAAAUUAAGACCCGACGUAUGUAUCUCAAUUUUGUCGUGUUAUAACGCCAGGAUUUAUUGUUAUAAAAAUGAAGAAAAAAGUGGAAAGUCCGAGUGACCCCACUUAGAUUGAGAACUUUGUAUACCAAAUAACUGUAUGAAGACUUCUGGAUUAUUUAAAUUGCUAGACUUGUACUGCAUUAGGGCUAGCUAGUAUUUAAUGCCGAACUUAUUUACCAUAGGAAGCAGUCAGAUAGGAAAAAUGUUUUUGUCACCAAAGUUUCCUUUUGUAUGUCUAUGUAACAAUGACCAGUGUUGGAGAAUACCUUGUUGUUACUGAACAAGCAUCUAUAUUGUACAAAUAUCGAUGGGACGAGCUUUUCCGAAAAAAAAUUGUUAAAAAUAGGAGGUCCAGAAUACUGUAUCCUGUUUGUAUAUAUUCAUUUGUAGGCAACAAUACUUUCAAUGUUGACA